UGUCGUUAAGUCUAAUUUUUGCUUUAAUUUCUCUGAGCACCUGUUAGCGUUAAACAUAUGAUUAAAUUCCUUUGAAGAGGUAUUUACUCUCCUUUUGCUUAAAUCUCAGAACUUCCUUAUAUUCUGAAAUUGCAACAUUGGAAUUUUCCCUUUAAAGCAUAGUCACCUAUAGUAUGGCGUUGAUAUAACUUAUAAUAUCGAAGUGUUUACAAAGAUCAGAGAAUUGAAAAUCGUUUCCUUCAACCUAAGCUAAAGAGGAGAAAGUCUGGAAUCUAAGAAGUAUCAUCAAGUACUCAACAAUGCAUCUGGGAUAUCUUCUAGUGUUUUUUAGCAUUUUGUUAGUAUCAUCAGCGAAGAGUACAAACUGCGACGAGAAUGAAAGCAUUCAAGAAGAUGCCAAUGCGUAUGUUGUCAGCGAUGACGAUAUCGACAAUAUUUUCGAGACAUGCUUAAAUAAAGAAGUUCCUGCAAGAAGACAGCUAGAAAAACGACUUGUUGAGAAAGGAAGGGUACUGAAGACUAAAGUUUCCGAUCUCAGCCUUCUCAGGAGAAAGAACACGGAUCCUUUGGUCUAUAUCAACGAAUACAAACAGAUUCCUUUUGAGGCAGUCACCAGCAGUAUCUACAGAAAGUAUAACCUAAGUGAGAAACAUAUUGUAAACACAUUGUCUAAAAGGAAGUUAAAGGGAGAUAACUGCGAAAAGGCCAUCAAUGACUGUAUGUCCGGUCAGAAUGCACCCCGAUGUGACCGAAGUUCUGUUUAUCGAACGUUGGAUGGAUCUUGCAACAAUCUUGAAAAUCCAAAUUGGGGAAGAACAUUCUCUUGUCAAAGAAGGUUGUUACCUGCUUAUUAUACCGGUGAGAGUGGAUUUCGAAGAUCUGUGUUGGGAGGUGACUUGCCUGAGCCAAGAACACUCUCGUUAAACGUCCAUUCCCAUCUCAAUCGACCAACUAAUUAUGUCACACAUAUGUACAUGUUCUUUGGACAAUUUUUAGAUCAUGACUUAACACUCACACCUGGCAGUACAACGGUCGAUAAUCAAGCAAUCGAGUGUUGUCCACCAGAACCAGAAACACAUCCUCAGUGUGCUCCAAUCAGAAUUAGGGGUGACGACCCCUUUUACUCUAAUUAUGACGUGACUUGUAUUAAUUUUGUUCGAUCUGCAAUUUGUCCAGUAUGCACAUUAGGCCAGAGACAGCAAAUGAACUCUCUCACAAUAUUUAUAGACGCUUCCUUAAUAUAUGGAACCACUCGGAACGAAUCGGACUCUUUAAGAACAAACGAUAAUACUGGAAGGUUUGCAGUUCAAAGAACAAGUGUUGGCGAUUUAUUACCUCGAAGCAACGAUCCCCAAAAUGAUCAGUGCAGCUUUCCAGAUGAAAAUCAAAUUUGUUUUCGAUCCGGAGAUUCAAGAGUUAACCAGCAUACCACUUUGACGUCAUUGCACACUGUAUUUAUGCGUGAACACAACAGGAUUGCUGACCAGCUAAGAAUUAUAAAUCCGCAGUGGGACGGUGAAAGGAUUUUCCAAGAAGCUAGGAAAAUCGUUGGCGCCCAGAUGCAAGUCAUAACAUACAAGGAAUAUCUUCCGAUUACCCUUGGUGCAGAUCGCAUGACAUUUUUUCGUCUUUGGAUCAGCAGUGACGGAUCAACGUUGUACGAUUCGACCAUAGAUCCUAGUGCUCUCAUAGAAUUUACGACGGCAGCAUUCCGAUUUGGACACAGUUUAAUCAAUAGUGUGGUUACUCAAUCCCCACCAGCUGCUAAUGGCGGGGACAGACUACUGAGAAACGAAUUUUUUGAACCUUUUGGAUUGUACGACGGUCUGAUUUCUCCUCUACUGCGAGGCGUAUCACGAAGUCCUGCCCAGUGGUAUGACAGACACUUGGUCCCAGAUGUCACGAAUUAUCUAUAUAGGAUUAGAGGAGACCCAACAGGUUUGGAUUUGGCAUCAAUUAAUAUCCAGAGAGGUAGAGACCAUGGUCUACCUCCUUACACUGCUAUGGUUUACCUGUGCUCAGAUAAACACUACAGUGUGGGCGGUUUUGAUGACUUGUACAGAUACAAGUUGAUGUCCUACGACAACGCUCAGCGACUGAGAAGAAAUUAUGGGCAUGUGGAUGAUAUCGAUUUGUGGACUGGGAUAUUAAGUGAAAUACCCAAAGAGGGAGCCGUUGUUGGUCCAACUGCAGCUUGCAUUAUUGGUCUGCAGUUCAAUAAACUGAAAUAUGGAGACCGAUUUUAUUUCGAACACCGCAACGAGCGAUCUUCCUUUACUUACCAGCAAAGACAAGAGCUGAAGAAAACAUCCUUAUCGAAGAUUAUAUGUCUUAAUACAAAAGUAUCACAGAUGCCUUUAAAUGCUAUGUUAUUCAACAGCAGAAACAAUCCUUUCAUUGAUUGUUCAAGAGUGGCAGGGAUCGACCUGUCUUACUGGAAGGAAUAGUGUCUGAAUUAGACUCUUCAAAGCAAUGAAAUAGCCUAUUUUUAUACUGGAUUUCAAGCAUAAAUUAUCACCAGAAAUUUUUUGCAUUGUAUGUAAUAGAUAAAUUAAAAUACUAUUUCCAGUAAUAAAAUUAAUAGAUAAUGUAAUGA